AUGAAAGAGUCUGUAGCAGAAAGAUACGCAGAAACAAAGCUUAGUCUACAGAAAUAUUAUGAAAACUUGGUAAAACUGGAGAUUUCUGAUCCUGAAAAGUUCCAUAAAGUGUCUUAUUUGGGUAUCAAACGGUCAAAGCACGAAGAGAUACAAAAAGAAAUAGAAGAUGCUCCAUGUGUGGAUACGAUUGGCCAAGUGGGUAUUUUUGACGAUGGCAUACCUUUUUAUCAUUAUCGACGAGCGGCUUUUACCAAGGAAGGAAAUCGACGGUUGGCCGAGUUUGGUGAGUUAUCGUGAGAUACAAUAUUAUAAGACAGAGUAAAUUGGAGGUAGAGUAAGGUAUGGCACGGUAAGGUAGGGUAGAGCAAAAAAAGACGAAGCAAGGUUAGGUUGAGUAGGAAAGGGUAGGAUAGGGUAAGGAAGAGUAGGGUUAGAUAUUGGGUAGGGUAGGUUAGGACAAGGCAAAGUAUGGUAAAGUAGGGUAAGGUAAGGUAACGUAAAGAAUAGUACGAGAAAGCCAAACAAAUUCAGGUAUAAUACGAAGGACAUUUACUGUACCUUUUACCAUAAUUAUAUUAACCACCCCUUCCAGGUGUAAAGCUAAAGCAAAGUCGCUUCGAUCCCACCGAAGAUCGCCAAAUCAAGCGAAAUUGGAAAAGUUACUGUAAACUGACCAAUCUCUUUGAUCCGUCAGAAGCGUCAGAGGUUUUCUGUGAUGGUCAAAAGAGAGGCAAACGUGUAGCCAAAGAUCCCUACUUCUAUGCUUAUCUUUGUAGAGGUUUAGUCGACAGAACAUGUGCUCAGGUGGUACGACGAGUCUACAUAUUGUUCAACAAAGCUCAAGAAGCAGGUGAUGAUCGAGAGUGGACUGAGAGUGAAGAUAUCAUGCUUAAAAGUAAGAUCAUUUGUAUUUUGAUACAGAAAUACUAUAGAGAGAUCUAGGAUGGUAUACUAUAAUAUAAAUAGCAUUGAUAAAAUUUAUAGUUAUAGUAAUACCUACUGUAUUUUUUGGCGUAAAUUGAUAUCUUUACGCUUAUUAGACCUUUUAAGCCAGGAUAAUACCUAUAUAAUGGUAGUUAAGCCUAGGAUAAUAUCCAUACAAUGAUAAACCAUUUCAGAACUAGCCAAAAAACACAACAAUAAAUGGGCAACUAUUGGUCGAAAAUUGAAUCGUACCAGAUUUACAUGUUAUCAUAGAUAUACGAAACUGCAGAAAGAUGAAAAAGUUAAAAGUUGCUGUUUAACAGCUACUGAAGAUAACAAUGGUUUGAAUAUCGAAAAUGAUCAUUCUGAAAAUGAGAAUCUAAAGACAAAAUCAACUUCUCGUUCAAGGUACUGCAAGAACACAAACAGCUUGAUAACCGUGUUGGAAGAACUUUUGAAAGCUGAAGAAGAAAGUUUGAGAGAUAAGAUUAAGAUUGUCAAGUUUCGAGAAUGGUAAGUGGUCAUACGAAUACUAAUAUCAAGUAAAAUGAGCCAAUAUCAAUGUUUUAAAAUCACACCUGUGUAUAAUUAUAAAAUUUAGGUUUACAAAAAGACAUGCCUUAACUGAAUACGACGAGGCAAAAAAAAACUUGAUGUGCCGACAAUUGCAAGAUGUUUUAAAACUGUGCGAAGCUUACAGGCUGUUCGAAUGUCUGCCAAUAGAGCAUUGCAAUUGUUAUAGUAAGCCAUACUAUACGUUGACUUUUAAAAACCUUAAAAAACGUUAAAAAGUAUUAACUUUGUGAUAUUGAAGAGGUACUAGAGCAUAGAAAUGAAUAACAUUAUAUUUCAGGCAAGCUCGAGUUCGUCCACUAUUUCCUGACCAACAAAAAAGACAAAGGAUCUCGCACAGCCAAAGCUAUGGAAGAUUUGUUCUUAAAAUACGUCGAUGAUAAAACAUGGACGCCAAGAAACAGGGUAUUGCUGUGCCACAAACUGGACAUAACUCCAGAUAAAGAAAACACAGAAUCGGGUCAAAUAAAAAAGAUACAAGAUGCUAGUAAAGAAAGGCAUCUAUUAGAUGAAGAUCAAAAUGGUUAUGAAGAAAACCAAAUAGAAAAAGAAGAAAAUCAAGACAAAGAAAAUGGCGAACAAGUUGAAGAAGGUCAAGAAGAAGCUCAGGUUGAAAAUAGUGACAAUGAGCAACGAAAAAAUAAAAAUUCAAAAAGAAAACGAAGUAAAACAAAAGAAAAAAGAGAGAAAAAGCAAGAAGAAGAGCAGUUAAGCCAAGAAAAUGAAGCCCAACAAACAGAUAAAUUGCCCAAAGUAAGUGAAAACCAAAGAAGAAUAAACAGCAAACGAAUUAAACCACAAAAAGAAACACAGGAGAAUAGAGAAGGACCUUUUGAAGAAAAUAGGGAAAAUCACGUAGAAGAACUACACCGUGAGCUAGUAGAAGAACUGCACCAUGAGUCACCAGAAGGACCCAAAAAUGAAAAAGGAACAAGAAAGAGAAGUAAAACACAAACGAAAAAACAAGAAAAUAAUGUAGAACGUCCUGAAAGUAAUGAAGAACCAACAAAUAAAAAGAAAAAUAAAAAAGAAAAGCAAAAAGAACCAGAAGAAGAAAGACAAGUAGAUGAAGAAACACAAGAAAAAGCUGAUGAUUGCCUUAUAAUUAAAACUGAACAAGAAAUUGAAUUUGACACGCAACCAACAUAUUCAUCUUACAACAACUCUAAUUAUGACCAAGAGGGAUACAAUGAUAGCUAUUCCUCACCAUCUUCAAAGUCUCGAGGCAAAAAUAAAUCGACUAGAGCUUCAAAUACAAAUGGAAAUCAAAGAGGUGACCAACGAUAUACGAGUGAUAAUGAAGAAGAAGAAAUUGAUCCAGACAGCAUUAUUCGAAAUUUGUUAAGUAUGCUCAAAGAUAACAACGUUUCAUGUGAAAAUAAAAAUAAAAAACGGGCUUCAAAUGAUCGUGGUGGUAACACCAAAAGAAGAUACAACAAUUCAACAAAACGGUAAAAAUUAAAAAAAGUCGCUUUAAUUAACUUUAGAAUAAACUUUACACCAUAUUGUUUUGAUUGAAUUAUUGAGGAAUUUUACAUUACAGUUAGUGUAGACUAG